GGAGACCUUGAAAGUUUGCGUAAACUACUGACACAUGUUCCCAAGAAGUCAGAGAAUUACAUACCCCGAGCAUAUAGCCUAUCUUAUCACUCGAUUUUGGAGUAACUUGGAUCGAGAGUACCGCCACCGCAGCUACUUAAGCUAGCCGUUCAAUUUCAGCACAAAUCAUCUAGCUAGCCAAUAGCCAUGAAAUCAAAGCUUUCUUCCCCGUUUGCUGAAAUCCCGUUCCUCAACACGCCUAUCUUCCUAGUCCCUUUCCUCCUACUCUCACUCAUAUACUGCCUCAUCUUCCCCAACGACCUCAGGCUCCAGUCGAUGCUCGCUCCGUGCAAUAGCGCGCCGGCAACGUCGACGUCGGCCCACCAGCUCGCCGAAGAGGCCUACACGGCCGUCGACCUGCGCGUGCUCCUCGGCGUGCUCACCCGGCCCUGCUCCUACGAGCGGCGCGCGCUCCUCCGCCUAGCCUACAAGCUCCAGCCGCCGCCGACCCGUGCCGUCAUCGACGUCCGCUUCGUCCUCUGCAACAUCACCACGGAGGAAGACGCCACGCUGGUGGCGCUCGAGAUCAUCGCCCACGACGACAUCCUCGUGCUCAACUGCACGGAGAACAUGAACGACGGCAAGACCUUGGAGUUCUUCUCCGCCGUGCCGCGCCUCUUCGGCGGCGCCGACGACGAGCCCGCAUACGACUACGUGGGCAAGGCCGACGACGACACGUACUACCGGCUGGCGGCGCUGGCCGACACGCUGCGCGGCAAGUCCCGGCGCGACGCGUACCACGGGUUCCUGUGGCCGUGCGGCGAGGAGAAGGAGAAGGACCCCGCCGUGGAGCCGUUCAUGGUGGGGUGGGGGUACGUGGUGUCGUGGGACGUGGCGGCGUGGAUCUCGUCUGCGGCGGCGGAGGAGGAGCUCCGGCGGGACGCCAAGGGGCCCGAGGACAUGACGUUCGCGUGGUGGCUCCGGCGAGCCGGCAGGGGGAAGAACGUGUACGGGGAGGGCCACCGGAUGUAUGAGUACCUUGAUGAGGCGUGGAUGGGGGGGCUGAGCUGCUACCGGCACUUGCUCGUGCCGGACACCGUGGCCGUGCACCGGCUCAAGGAGAGGAUUCUUUGGGCGCGCACGCUCAGGUUCUUCAACGCCACAACCGGCCUCAAGCCUUCCAAGAUGUACCAUCUUAACUGAUGUAAUUGACCUCUCAUCUCUUCCACUCUUCUUCGAUGACUGGAAGCAACUAUCCAGCGCUGCUACGGUGACAGGAAAAGCAACAAGAGGCGCUCCUGGAGGAUAAAACAAUGAGCCCACUUGUGUGAUAUUUUAGCUCGAAAUUAAGUAGCGGCGUCGUGGAAACGAAGUUGAGACUCUUCGUCCGAGGUGCCCGAUUCCCAGUAACAAGAGUCAAUGACCCUAGCGUUUUCGCUUCAUUAGGUUUCUUACAAUGCUUGCUUUUUUACGUUUUCAGGUGUUGUAUACAAAUCAAUGUUACAAUAUUUUCAUUGUAUUUUCUCUUGG